AUGACGGCCUUCCCAGGCCGAACAAUCAAGUUCGGCACCUUCAAUGUCACAUCCCAAGUCUUUCACUUGACAAAACACUCUUUCGCCCUGGUCAACCUCAAACCUCUCCUCCCUGGCCACAUCCUCGUCUCGCCGCUAAGAGUCAAGCCUCGACUGUCGGACUUGACCAAAGAUGAGAUUAGCGACCUCUUCCUCACCGUCACGAGGAUACAGCGUACUCUGAAACGGGUCUACAAAGCGGACGCUUUCAAUGUGGCCGUUCAGGACGGAGAAGCCGCUGGUCAGAGCGUGCCGCAUGUGCAUUGCCAUGUCAUACCUCGCACGAAGGGCGAUCCAGGUGGAGACGACAAGGUCCACGAGUGGCUGGAGGGCGAGGAGGGCAAUGUAGGCAAUCAUCAAAAGGAGGCUGAACAUGGUGCAUCACGCGAGUGGCCAAGAGACGAAGAGAGGAAGCCCAGGACAAAAGAGGAGAUGGACAAGGAGGCUGCUUGGCUGAGGGAAGAGCUUGAUAAGGACUUCAAUGAGGAUGGCUCUGUCAAGCCCUAA